CCCUCCUCUCACUCACAGGAAGCUCUGUGUGGGCCGAAAAAGCUUCUGGGGCAGGCAGACAAGUGAGACAAAGGCACUGAGACAUAAAGAGGACAUUGUUUGAUCAUAGCAACAGGAAAUUGUGAUAUCUUAACAAAAACAAGCUUCAGAAAAAAGCAUGAAGAAUAGAACCAAAGAUGGAAAGUGAGUGGAUGGGAUGGGAUGACUGAUGGUUAAGACCUUCUGCUUCCUCUCCUCGUGAUGCUACAGGCCGUCAAAAUGGAAGACAGAUCGAGGGUGUCUUCAGUGCAACACACACUAGCAGUAGGUUGACCGACAGAUGCACGCAACAUGCUUUCAAGCUUUCGGAUGUAAGACUGCCCAGGAUUGCUGUUAGAAUGCUGACUUUUUUGUUUCAUUGAACUAAGAAGCUAUUUUUUUUUCUGUGAUACUUCUGAGGACUGGAUUGAUGACUACAAGUCUGAGUUUCUCCUCAAAAUGAUGGCUGCCAUGGACCCACCUAUUACUGGACGACGGCCAACGUGCCUGACACAAGCUCAGAAUUGAUCCACCAUGCCGUAUUGGCACCGCAGGGAAUAAGAUAAGAAGAAGAAGAACAAUGAAUAGCAGUUGCCAAAACGUUGUGGAGCUGCAGAUGUAUCAGCACCGUGUGUAUGCAGUGGUGUACAGUGUCAUCCUUGUGCCAGGCUUGCUGGGGAACAUACUGGCAUUAUGGGUGUUCAGGGUUUACAUUAGAGAAACUAAGAAGGCGGUAGUGUUCAUGAUGAAUCUGGCUGUGGCUGACCUGAUGCAGGUUCUUUCCCUGCCUCUGAGGAUCUACUAUUACCUGAACAACAGCUGGCCCUUUGGUAAUGCUCUCUGUAUGAUAUGUUUCUAUCUGAAGUACGUCAACAUGUACGCUUCCAUCUACUUCCUGGUGUGUGUGAGCGUGCGCCGUUGCGAACUCAUUAUACGACCACUGAGAUACAACGCCUCCAGGAAAAAGGUGGACGCGGUUGUGUGCACCCUGGGGUGGCUCUUGGUCUGCCUGGGCUGCCUGGCCUUCCCUCUGCUAAGAAACCCGGACUUCGAUGAGGACCUCGUAGCCUCAGGGCUCAGCCCCACCCGUCCUCAAACCGACACGGUGUGUUUCUCAGAGCUGCCCAUGCAGAUGGUCACUGCUUCAGCAGCCUGGCUUAUCUUAAUCAUCGCCGAACUCCUCGGUUUCAUCAUCCCCUUCACCCUGGUGCUAGCCUGCACCUGCCUGACCGCCGGGAGCCUUCGGAUGAAGACAUCCGGGGCCAUUCCGGACCAGGGGGAGAAGCGGAGGGCUUUGAGGAUGGUGCUAAGUUGCACCGCGGUCUUCUUGGUGUGCUUUGUGCCUUAUCACAUCACUAUGCCGCUGGACUUCUUGGCGAAGGCCAACACGUUGAGCAGCUGCACUCUUCGGGCCCUGAUCCUGAUAUGUCACCCUGUGGCACUCUGCUUGGCGAGCCUAAACUGCAGCCUGGAUCCCAUUAUGUAUUACUUCACAACAAAUGAGUUCUGGAGGCGACUGAGCAAGCCAGAAGUGUGAUUUCAAGCAGGUGAAUCUCUCAAGGGAUGGACUUGGUGUCAAUGACUUUUUGUUGAAGGAGCAGUAAAGCCCCGUGAUGUUUGCACUUUGAAGAAGGUAUAUGUAAUUUACAUCCAAAAUCAAAUGUGAAACAUGUCUUGACACUUUUUAGAAUGGAGAUGAGUGUAUUUCUUUUUAAACUUGCCUAUUUGUGGUGACGAGAGAUCCGUCGUAAUUUUGAAGGAGGCUAUCAGGAAAUAGAUGCAUGCACCCUAAACUGGCUUUUCUUAUAAAUGCAAUAUAAAAUGAACACACAACGCUUCUUUAAUUCGCACAACGAUGACAAUAAAACACAUGAAAUGAAUGUUAAAUUCAUCUUUAAUCACCAAACAAAUUGAGAUAGUUCAA